AUGUUGAAGCUGUGCGUUCUCUCCGUUCUCCUGUCUAUCGUUUACGCUGCAGCUGCUCCUGCACCAGGAGCGAUUCUGGCAGCACCCGCGGCCGCAGCGAUCGCGGCAGUGCCAGCGCCAAUCGUGACGGCCAGCAGCAGCCAAGUGAUCGCCAGGAAUUAUAACACGCUUGCCGCGGCUCCACUCGCAGCAGCUCCGAUCGCCUACGCCGCAACGCCCUUGGCAGCUUACAGCACUCAUGCCGUUGCACCUGUUGCCUACUCCGCUGCCUAUUCCGCACCUAUUUUAUUGUACCAGACACUUAUACACGAGCUCCAACAUGUUCAAACUGGUGAGUUGCUCUCUCUCUCUCUAUACACGAGCUCCAACAUGUUCAAACUGUUGUGCUUAUUCGCCUUUUUGGCAUUCGCUGCGGCUGCGCCCGCACCCGCACCCGCACCCGCACCAGCACCCGGCGCGAUCAUCGGCGCCCCGCUUGUGACAUCCUACAGCGCACCUAUCGUUUCCGCGCCGUUAGCUUACAGCGCGUACAGCCUACCAACUUAUAGCGCAUAUUCGGCAUAUCCGGCCUUACCGUACGCGUACAAGAGUUAUGCAGCCUACGUGGCCUAAUCGUCUAGACACCCCGGAGGGAGGACCAGGCAUUGGAAAUUAAGGACACUUGACAAAUUAAUCGAUCAACGCCCACAAAAUCUUUUCCAAAAUAAAUCGACCACGGCGGAUUUAUCUCUCCGCGGUUCGUUCUCUUCAUCCCCUUCUCAUUCGUUAGAAUAACUUUGCACUUACAUUCCAUUAGAAUCAAUAAAACCGCUUAAAAGCAAUUGCA